CUCAUUUGUUAUUUUUAUAAAAUAGAAUUUUCAAUCUUAAAUUGAAUCGAGACUAGAGUAGAGUACUAGAGUCUAGAUCAGGGGUUGGCAAAUUACGACCCUCGGGCCACAUGCGGCCCGCCAGCGUGUUUUAUACGGCCCGCGGACACCUACAGAACGCAACAACACAAUCCAUUGCACCAUUUGCCACCCUCCACAACUUCAAAUAGUCUCUUUAAGCUGAUGAGCCAUCAGACUUGAAAAUAGCCUUAAGCCCAUGACCCAUUUCCUUCACCACCGGGUAGUAAAAAAAAAUAAUUCCUCACCUCUUGAAUUUGACCUCACCAUAAACUUAGCUUUCACAAGAAUCAGUCAAUAAAGUUUGUACAUUGCAUGACUUCAAGAACUCCCAAGAUCAAGAACUCAGAGAUCAAUACUAUUCUGUAAAUGUUAAGAAACAGCAUAAAAUGUGCCUACAAUUUAAAAUUUUUUAGAGCCAUGUCAUCAAACCCACUGGAGUUUACCAAUCGAUUGUCAGAAGAGAAAUCACCAUACCUCCUUCAGCAUUCUCAUAACCCAGUGAACUGGUAUCCCUGGGGCAAUGAAGCUUUCAAGAAGGCAAAAGAAGAGAAUAAGCCUAUUUUCUUAUCAGUGGGUUACUCCACCUGCCAUUGGUGCCAUGUCAUGGAACGAGAGUCUUUUGAGAAUGUUGAGAUCGGCAAAAUACUGAAUGAUAAUUUUGUAAGCAUCAAAGUGGACCGGGAAGAGCGGCCAGAUGUAGACAAAGUUUAUAUGACCUUUGUUCAGGCCACAACUGGAAGUGGAGGUUGGCCAAUGAGUGUUUGGCUGACCCCUGACCUGAAACCAAUAUUGGGUGGCACAUACUUCCCUCCUGAUGACAGAUACUACAACAGACCUGGGUUCAAGAGUAUCCUGGAGAUUAUUAUUAAACAUUGGAAGGACAAACAAUCAGAUAUAGAAAGUCAAGGAACGAAAAUUCUGGAUGCCUUGAUGAGGCACCUUCAUGCUUCUGACCAUGCUAACCACAGUGUACCGUCUAAGGAAGUCUUUCUCAAAUGUUUACACAUGUAUAAGAAAAGUUUUGAUGAAGAAGAAGGAGGUUUUGGUUCAGCGCCAAAAUUCCCUCAGCCAGUGAUAUUCAACCUGCUAUUCCGAAUCUUUAAUGAGGACCCAACGAGUGGGACAGGAGUCCAGGCCCUUCAGAUGUGCCUGUUUACACUUACUAAAAUGUCUGCAGGUGGUAUCCAUGAUCACAUAUGUCAGGGCUUUCAUCGCUAUUCCACCGACAGGAAAUGGCAUGUUCCACAUUUUGAGAAGAUGUUGUAUGACCAAGCACAGUUGGCAGUUUCAUAUGUUGAUGCUUUUCAGAUAACCAAAAAUUCAGAGUUUGCUGAUGUAGCUCAAGAUAUAUUUACUUAUGUCAACAGAGAUCUCAGUCAUCCAGAAGGUGGAUUCUAUAGCGCAGAAGAUGCUGAUUCACUACCAGAAUCCUCUAGUGACCAUAAAAAAGAAGGAGCAUUCUGUGUUUGGGAAAAGAAGGAAUUGGAAAACCAUCUGUCAGAGAAUGUCGUCAAAGAAAACAGCGUGAAAUUGUCAGAUGUUUUCUGCCAUUUCUAUGGCAUUAAAGAAGGAGGCAAUGUUGAUCCUCUUCAGGAUCCUCAUGAAGAACUGAAGGGUAAGAAUGUACUCAUUGUCAGCUCCACAGUGGAAGACACUGCAGCAGCGUUCGGCUUAACAACAGACACGGUGACGCAGGCUUUAGCCCAAUGCAUCAGUAUUUUGUUUCAAGUCAGGCAGCAGCGCCCCAAACCACACCUGGACAACAAGAUAGUAACAGCUUGGAAUGGUCUGAUGAUAUCAGGGUUUGCUAGAGGAGCCCAGGCUCUGAGUGAUCCAAGUUUGAUCAAGAGAGCUAUACAGGCCGCAUCAUUUGUCCGUCAACACUUGUAUCAGUCUGGCACACUUUUGAGAAGCUGCUACACCACAGAAAACAAAGAGGUCACUCAAAUAUCUGUGCCAAUCCAUGGAUUUGUGGAUGAUUAUGCUUACAUCAUUCGUGGCCUCCUGGAUCUUUAUGAGGCCUGUUUUGAUGACAGAUGGGUGGCAUGGGCUGAAGAGCUUCAGGUCAAGCAGAAUGAACUAUUUUGGGAUGAAGAAGACGGAGGCUUUUUCUCUGCAUCUGAGGAUAACUCUCUUGUCCUCAGGCUGAAAGAAGAUCAAGAUGGUGCAGAACCUAGUGCCAACUCUGUUUCAGCCAUGAACCUGCUAAGGUUGUCUGCUAUCUUGAACAAACCUGAUUGGUCAGCAAUGGCUGAGAGAAUAUUCAAAGUAUAUGCAGAGAGGAUACAGAAAGUUCCCAUGGCUGUGCCCGAGCUCGUAUCUGCUCUUGUGUUUUAUCACUCAAACAGAAGACAGAUUGUCAUUGUUGGAGACAAAGAAAGUGAUGACACGAGAGAACUAAUCGCAACAGUCCAUCGCCACUUCCUGCCCAACAAAGUUCUCUUGGCGACAGAUGGAAAAACGGAUGAAUUUUUAAAGGAAAACCUCAGUUUGAUGGACUCCUUCCAAAAACUAGAGGACAAGGCAACUGCCUAUGUUUGUCAAAACUUUACCUGUUCAUUACCUGUGAAUUCAUCAGAAGAACUAGAGAAGAUCCUCCAGGGGUCUUAGUGUAGCACAGAUAACUCUAAUAAACAAAUAGUUUACUUAUUGAAGUUAAUCAGGGAUAGCCUCAUAGUUGCGAUAUUUUAAAUUCUCAUUACUGGGUCAUUUUAACAAUCUCCACUCUGAAUAUUUCAUACAAAAAAAGAUAUUUUGUAUUAUUUUUGUUUUUUUUUUGGCAUCAUUUUUUUCACAAUUUCUCAAAUUGUUUUUCUCUCAUGUGAUUUGUAAAUAGACUUUUCAUGAGUAGUGGUCAGUAGAAUGUAUGUAAUUUAUAAAAAAAAGAGGUGCUCAGUUUCCUCUUUUAUCAUAAAUACAAACACAGAAAGCUUUUUUUUUCUUCUCAAAAAGCUUAGAAACAACUCCUCCUUCCCCCAAAUUACCUGCCACUACUAAGUAAAACUGUGCACCCAAACCUUUUUUUUUAACUUGAGAACCCCUAUAUAUAUAGUCAACAUGUGCCCACGGACCCCUAAAAGAAAACAGCUACAGAAAUGCAUAGCAUAUAAAUUAUAAAUAUUUUUUAAAAUGUGCGAAAUAUGUUUAUUGAAAUUAUAGAAAGUUUUUCUUUAAAAUUAAAUUAUGUCAAAAUAAUGAUGACAUGGAUGAGAUAUUAUGAGUGUAUUUUUGUCUGACUCAAUUAGCAAACCCAAAUCUCACUGAGCACACAUUUUUAGUCGAUUUCUAUUAUUUGUGAUAAGGUUCAUUAUCGCAGUGAAUCCACAAUGUUACCAAAUAAAAAGACAGGAAAGCAGUUAACGACUUCUAUACAAUGACACAUAAUGCAGGAUAUUCAAUUGGGAUCUGUGGUCUCCUUAUUCAAACAUUGGUUUCAGUUCCUCGUUUUUGGCUAUUUCAAUAAGCUGCUCCUGUAUUAGAAUGGAACUAACUGUGAUUGGGAUCUGAGUUAGUCGAUGUGCAAAGGGUUAAAUACCCAGUUGGGAAUAUCCAAGUGAAGAACAUCUUCAAAUCUUUGGUUUAGGUUGUCAAAGAACAGUACACAAUAGACGUAUUAAACAGCAUUGAGGGGCAAGUUGAUUAUUAUUCACAUUAUCCACCCCUGUGUGUCUACCGAUCACAUUUUGAGAUGCACUGAUCUAUAAAUUAUGAACCUUGAGAAGACUAAAUGUGGCUCAACAAAAAAUGGCUUAGACGGAUUUUAGGAGUUAGUUACAAAGAUCGGGUCUCAACAAAGAAAUCUUGUCGAACUUCGUCUCGACCGUUUAAUGAGGUCGCGAUCGAGCGUCUUAUGAGGUUUGCGGGACAUGUCCUCUAACAGAACAAAUUAAGCAUACCAAGAGUUGCAUUGUUUUGGAGGCCAAUAGGAGGAAAGUGCAAACGGGCAUACUCGUAUAACUUGGCACCCCACUUUCAUGUAAAACCUCAGAGCAGUGGACACGAGGUGGAAUGAGGCUUCAGAUAUUGCCAGUGAAAGACCUGUAUGGAGACAAGCUUGAUGCCCAAUGUGCCAAAUGGCGCUGGGGGAUCUAAGUCUUAAAUAAGCAAGUAUCUAUUUCUUUUUUCAUUUCAAAUGGUGGAGAAAUAUUUUUACUUUCAAAGUUUAUCCAAAUUUUGUAGGAGUUUAAGUGAAAAAAGUAUGUAUCAUUGUUUUUGUAUAUUGUUUAAAGUAAAUGGAAUGCUCCACUACAGGAAUGUGCACAAGUCAGUAUUGUACUUUCUUCUCUUGUAAAUGUAAUAAAAAGCUCAACAAUUGUGAUGAAUACUCUUACAAUGAAAUACUUUGUUUAUAUUUCAACUGCUCUGCUAAUAUUAUAGCUUCGUAAUAGUUACUGUAAUUUAUGGAAUAAAUAUACUCCUCCUGAUAAAGGUAAUAAGUUAUCCUAGAGUCUUUUCAGGGGAAUGGUUAAGCACUUGGCUUCCAAACCUGGGUCCUCGGUUCGAAUUUCUGUAAAGACUGGGAUUAUGAAUUUCAGGAUUUAUAGGGCGCCCCUGAGUUCAGCCAAUUCGGAUGGGUACCUGACAUAAGUUGGGGAAAAGUAAAGGUGGUAAGUCGUUGUGUUAGCCACAUGACACCCUGCUUGAUAAUGGUUGGCCAAAGAAAUGGAUGACCUUAACAUCAUCUGCCCUAUAGAUAGCAAGGUCUUUUUCACUUAUAUUCUUCCAUCGCUACUGGAAAUAAAAUAAAAAUGAAUGUACUUAUUAUUGAAGUGUAUGUGAUGAGAGACUAGAAAGACACACUUUAAACCAAUGACAACCUCUGAUGCCAUGCCCUAACAAAUGGUACAUUACACAUUGGAAGUAAAGUUCAACCAACCCACAAUCUGCAUCAUGUUCCUGAGGAAGCUGCUUUCCUAAUGUAGAAACAUGAAGGGCCCCAUUUCAGGAUCUGAGGUAGGUGGCCUGUAGGAGCCAAGUGCCCAAAGUGAUUGUGGUUUAAUAAUAUUCCAAUUAAUGGAAUCUGUUUAUAGAAGCUACAGAAGUGAUGUCUUACACCUAUGACCUGUAAUAUUGUAAACCUAUUGACUAAUAAAUAUAUUUUUUCACAUAA